AUGAAAACACCUGCAGACCUUUGGAAUCUCCAGGAUUUUGGAAAUCCUGUAGUGGAUAUUGGCCAUGUGGCCACUUUGAUAGUGUUAAUUGUUUAUACUUCACCCCGCGACGAUAGCGCCAAAAGUGUUAAAACACUGCUUUCGCAUUCCGUCUAUCGCGGCAAGGUGCGUUUCAUACGGGCGAAUCGCGGCCAUACGGAUACCUGCUGUCAGGUUGGAUGUCGAAUCUGUCGAAGAGUGAGCGACAAAGACGAGGAUGUGGCAGCGAGGGUGGCAGCGAGGGUGGCAGCGAUGCCAAACGACGUGAGUGAAGCGCAGGAUGAGAUGACAAAGCUCUUGAACCACCAACUUAAAAUGGUCACCGGGGACUUCUUGCAUAUCGCAGGAGUCAUCACGCCAAGUAUGUGCAGUGUGGCGCCUCACGGCUUCAGUCCAACGUGUCACCUCGGUGACGGCGUCAUGCAUCUGUUGUUGGUGCCUGGCAUCAGUCGUCGUCAAAACGCUAGUCUGUUGUUGAGGAUGAUCACCGGCGAUCGCACCGUGUGCACAACUCCGUACGUUCAGUUGUAUCGCUCGACGGAAUUCUCUUUCACGCCGCAGUGUCAGGCGACUGUCGGAGACAGUGAUCUGCAAGAACCGCCGCCAACAACUGCCGCCUGUUUUGGUACCUGGAAUGUUGACGGCGAGAUAAUGCCCCAGAAAAAUUUGACGACAUAUUUCAAGUAA